CUCGCACACAGUAAGUUCAGCUCUGUUUUUUCUUUAUUUUUGGCUUGUGCGUGUGUGGCUCUGCUGUUGCAUUGUUGCUUUUGGGAGGCGGCUUUGCCACCCGUGGUGCCCUAGCCUGCCCUGGCUGGUUGUUUGUUGUGCAGGUGCGGUUGCCGUCUGUGCUGUCCGAAAUCCUCUCUUUUUAAUAACACUCUGCACGAUGCGAUGCAUCUCGCCUUGGCGCAUGCAGCAUACAUCCUUGCUAUUUUUCUUUUAUUUGCCUGCCGCCGCAUACCCGUUUUCUGGAUUGUUCUCUUUUCCGUGUCAUUCUCGCACUCGCACUCGCACUCCUCUGCGCCAUGCCUGUGUUGUCCUAUCGUGUCCCCUCCGCCCCCACCUCAUUGUGGGUGCGCUACUAUCUUUUCUUAUCAUUCCUCAUCGAUUACUGUGUCUUUUUUGUUGUUUUGUUUUGUUUGCACAUGCCGCUAUAGCUGCUGGGCUAUUUUUACACAUGAUACCAAAUGCCAUUAACUUCAUGCCA